AUGGAUCACUUAAAAUUAACGGUCGAUAAGUUGUCUGUGGAUGAGGUCAGUGAACUCGUCACUGAUGAGAGUUGCGGAGCAGUCUCCAUGUUUAUCGGCACUACAAGAGAUAGUUUCGAAGGAAAAAAGGUUUUGAGGCUUGAAUACGAAGCAUACGAGCCCAUGGCUUUGAAGGCGCUGAAGGCGAUUUGUGACGAAGUACGAGAAAAAUGGCCAGCAGUCCACAGUAUAGCCAUGUAUCACAGACUAGGCAUGGUUCCAUGUCGCGAGGCGUCUGUUGUAAUCGCCGCGAGCAGUCCUCACAGACGAGACUCCUUGGACGCCGUGGCACAUUGCAUCGAACGGCUCAAGGCCAGCGUGCCGAUAUGGAAGAAGGAGGUGUACGAGACCGCUGAACCGGUGUGGAAGGAGAAUGUUGAAUGCACUGCACCAGACAUGAAGCACCUUAAAGAAACUAAAGCGGUCCCGCCUGUAGACAAAACCCUCGUUCAAAUCAACGUGACAAGCGAGGAGCUGCAACAGCGCAUACAGAACUUUAUGGAGAGGAAGCGAGAACAAGUGAAUAUAAGUAACAUACAUGAUUUCAUACCGAGUAAGGCGGACACGGAGGUGGAAGAGACAGAGACGUGUGCAAGAGUGAGAACGCAGUUCGUGAGGAGGAACGAUUCUAAGGGUCAUUUGAAAGUUCGCAAAGUCCACAACGAGUGGGGUCCACAAACAGUGACGUCAUCUGCCUUCCACCAAGACUCCGACAAGGCCGUAGACUCUUAUGGUCUCCCGUCGUCUAUAGCAGAACGUGUGGUGGCCAUAGAAAAGUACCUCAACAUUGGUCCCGUGCCUAAGGACAUUUAUAAAAGACUGAAAGACAUGGAAGAUAAAAUUGCAUACUUGCAGGCUGUUUCACCGGAGUAUGCUCAAUUUUGGAAAUCCACAAGAGAAAAUGAUGAAAUAAAACAAGAUAAUUUAAAUAAAUUAGUGGAUUACACGUAUUCGGCGGACGAUAUAGCGCGAAAGAUCGAACAGUUAGAGAGAGGAGCUAUGUAG